CUCAAGGUCAAAAAGGAUUCGCGAUUUAGGCGUUGCGCCCGCCCGCCCGUCGCUCAGUGUCCUGGCGGCUUCGUGUGCUAGCAGCAGGAGACUGUGUCCUUUCACACACGCCCGCACGCCCAUUCUCGUCCCCAUGAAGACACUUGUGCUCCUCCUGUGCCUCGGCUUUGCUACGGCCCUGGACUGCACGGGCGACGAAAUCUCGUGCACGAGCGGCGAACGCUGCGUCCCUUAUCGCUACCUGUGUGAUAGCGAUAACGACUGCGCUGAUGGCUCGGAUGAGGAUACCGGACUCUGCUUGGCCUGGAAGAACACGGACUGCGAAAAGGGCCAGGCCCGUUGCAGGGCCAACGGAGGCUCAGAGUGCAUCCCCAUCGAGGACUACUGCCACCGAACUCAACCUGCUUGCCAAGGAACUCUCGACCGUCGAAUUUGCUCUGUAUCAUCAUAUCAAGUUCACGGCUGA